UAUCUGCAAUAGUAGCGUGUGGCGUUCGUAUGUAACGGACAUCGUGUGUACAGUGGACCACCGGCCAUUUUGUGCCUAGAAAAAUGGUCUGGGACAUAUUAAAAUGGAAGUGCGCCGUGCUUUAUUUAGUUACAUUAAGUGUGUUCGGAAAAUCACUCCCAAUAGACACACAAACCGCGAAUUCCAUUAUAACUACCGAAACCGCAUUUACCAACGCAAUUGAGCUGACAGUGAAAACACCAGAAGAAGUGCUCGAAGAAAAUGUGCAAGCGACCCUUGUGCAGAGAUCAAACUUCACGAAGUCUUUUAACAUAACACGUAACACUCUAUUAAGAAACAUAAGACCUGGACAGCAAGUACGACAAUACGUCGUAUCAAUCACAUUCGAUGACGAGGAAUUCCACGGUCGAGCUGUAAUCGAUGUGGUAGUAACAGAUGCAACGAGAGGUGAAAAUUUAGUGUUCCAUUUCGACGAUGUCGAGAUAGACUCUGUGCAAACUGGAGUGUUUACUAUAGCGAGUGCAGUAGACGCAGACUUUGACUUAGAUGAUGGCAUACUUGAAAUUGAACCGGCGCAGGAUGCAACCUCAUACAUUGUUAUUGUGGAGUACACGGGUGAAUUAUCCAACACGGGACGUGGCCUUUACAUUGGAGAAGGACAUGAUCUCUCAUACAUAGGAAUGAACCUCCACCCGACGAAUGCCAGGCGCGUAUUCCCUUGCAUGGACGACCCUACAGAAGCGGCAACAGUCUCCUUUACAUUCAUCGAUGUCGAUUACAACAAUAUUAUAACGAAUUCCAUACUGGAUGAUAGUAAUACUGUUGCUGGAGAGAAUCAAUUCCGGACUUUAUUAGGCCCGGUUCAUACCUGGGGAAUGAUCGCACACAAUUUCAUCAACUUGAACAUCCCGACCACAAACGUCCUGUUGGUCGGCCGACCUGGUGUCUCCAACCAGGACGCUCAAUCCUCGUUGGCUAUUAAUGCCUACUUCGCGUAUUUUAAUGCAUGGACUGAUAUGGAGUUCUUCGACAUCGUCAUGAACCAAGAAACUCGACUACAUUUUCUUGCACUGCCAGAUGUGGAUAGAGAAUGGAAUACUCUCUCUACUAUCGGGAUAUGGGAGCCUUACAUCUUAAUGGAGAAUGUGGCUUCCGUAAAGCAAAGAAAGACAGUCCUGGUAAAAGUUGCUGAAGCGUUGGCGAGGCAGUGGUUCGGCUACGUCAUACACCCACAGAACUGGAGGCACGAGUGGGUUGUAUCCGGUUUCGCCAGGUACUCCGCCUACGAAGCUGUUAGAUCUUUCCAAUCAAGCGCGACGGGUGCUGACGUCACACUUCUAGACAUGAAUACUUUAUUCGUCACUGACGUCAUCCAAGAAGGUUUACUUCAAGAUGCAUACACCAGUGCACCACCGCUUUUGGCAGAGGAAGACUUAUUUGAUGAAGAUGCAAUACGAAACUACAUAUUCAGCGUCCAGAGAUGGAAAGCACCGGCGCUGAUGCAUAUGAUGAGGUUAAUUCUUGGUGAAGAUGAUGAUCAUGAUCCGAUUCAGGUUGCGGCACGGGCGCUGCUUACUGGAAGAGCUCUGGAGACAGUAAGUUCGCAGAACUUCAUCGACGCCAUGAGCAGCGGCUUGUUGGUCGCCGGCAGCGAUUUUAUUGAUGAUUUCGAAGAAUUCCUUGAGCCUUGGAUAGGAGAAAGUGGCUAUCCACUACUCCACGUAGGAUUAAGGCAAGGCGGUGUCUUAGUUACACAGGAACGUUUCAGUUUCGGUCCUCGACCACACAUUAACUUCCCAAUUCCCAUCACUUACACGACGAGCGUGAAUCCAGACUUCAGUGAUGACAACAUUCGGCCCAUCGUGGUCACUGACGCUACUGUUGCCUUUAACAUGGUCCUUGAUGAAGAAGACUGGGUUCUCUUUAAUAUACAAGGGCAAGGUUACUACCGCGUUAACUAUGAUGGUGAUUUAUGGGAGAGAAUCAUCGAAGCCCUUGAAGACGAGGAAUUAAGAGAAGAAAUACACCCGCUUAACCGUGCCACGCUUGUCGACGAUGCACUCAACUUGGCAAGAGCUGGCAAAUUGGACUACGAUAUAGCGUUCCGCGUAGUCCUGAGUAUGGAGCAUGAGACCGAGUACGCAGUAUGGAAGGCCUUCGUCAGAAACAUGGACUUCCUGAGGAAGCGACUGCUUGCUCUUAUUGCUAAUGACGAUGACGACGAAUUUGAUUCCGAUAUUUAUUUGAGAAUGGUCCGAAGAACCAUUGGAGCUUUGGAAGACGAACUCGGCUUCUCCCCUGACCCCCUGGUUACGGAACCAGCCAUGGCCAGCCUGACCCGCGGGCUGGUUAUGGACCAUGCUUGCAGAGCCAAUUAUGAUCCAUGCAUAGCUGCCGCUGAGGAUUGGUUUUAUGAUCCUAAUAACGAUGAUAUUGUAAAUCCCAACAUCCCCUACGAGAUCAGGCCUGCAGUCUACUGCACCAUAGUCAGGGAAGGUGAUGAGGAUGUCAUCGAAGCUCUGACCAACAGGCUCGAUUUAGAGGCAAGUCAAUACGAACGAGUCGUUAUCCUGGAGGCACUGGCCUGCUCGCAAGACGAGGACUACAUAUCCGGUCUUCUAAUGGAAACAAUCACUGAAGACAAGUACCUUACCGAGGAAAGGGUGAAGAUAUUCAAGGCUGUAGCUGAAAGCAGUUAUCAGAACGCUGAACUAGCUGUGAGGUUUAUAUCCAGGCGUGCCGCUGAAAUCAGAGAAUGGUAUGGCGGAGACGAGAAGCUCGAAGAAAUAAUAUUCCAUUUAGCAGACAAUAUGGCGGAUGCAGACCUAUCAACUGACUUCGAGAUAUUCGUGAACUCGCAGAACAAUAACCUGGAAGAUUCCCAGCUGAUGGCCGAUAGGGCACUCCUGUUGGUUAAGGAGAACCGCCUGUGGGACGACAACUUGUUGGAAUACGUGUACGAAUGGAUUGACGAAAACGAUGCGCCGACGCUCGCCGUGUCACUAGCUUUAGUCGGUAUUACAUUCAUAAUCACAUUAUUCAAUCACUAGACUAUUAUAAUCAUUAAUUAUAAAUUAUAUUUCAAUAUUUUUUACGUAAGGUAUUUUAGGACAUAUUUAAAAUAUAAAAAUUAAUUUAAGAAAAUGUAGAUAUAAUUAAAUUUAUAUUGUAUAUAAUUUACUCCACAAUAUAAUCUAUUUAAUCUUAAGAAAUGAGCAAUGUUAAUUCUUAUAAUUUAUAUUAUAAUUAAGACUUGAGUUAUAAUGAAUAUGUGGUGUGAGUGGAAGAAACUCAAUACUAUACUUGACUAUAGUAUUUGUAGUUACGUAAGGCUGACGUUCGGAUAUUGGGAAACUGCUAAACUCUCGACAAAUUAUCUCAAAUGUGCCACUUUAUCGAUGUUCAAAAUGUCAUUUCAUAAAAAUUUGAGAUAUCAAAAUAUUUAAGGCGCAUUAUAACGAAAUAAUUUUUGUUCGUUUAAGGCGAUACCUCAAGGUCCAUUUUCAUACAUUUUGUUUCGGCUUUAAUCUGGGUAAC